AGAAAAUCGUCAUCAGAUGCAGCGAAGAAACGUACACUUCGGACGACUCCCGACUGGGAGGAAACGGCAGUCAACGGAGACCACCUUUGGGUGCCAACUUCCGUAUCCGGCGAUUUUUGCUAUGCGGGAGACUCCGAUUGUCUGGGAAAAAUCACCGAACAUGGCAACCCUGUCAAAGCACCACUGUUACUCCACACGUCAAGUUUUGAGGUCGUUUUUACAGUGCUGCCGUAGUUUAUGCUGCUUCAUAGACUCAUGCUACUUGUCUUCAUCUUUUACAACAACUUUCCAGAAGAAAUUCUCGUUUUGUCUCCAAUCUGAUGCAAUACCUUGUUAGCCUCUAAUGCAACAAUGAACAGAAUGUACAAAAAUGUUUUAAUGCCCUUCCUCAAUUUUGUAGUAACUUAAACGACGAGACUUUCAAAAAGACUGUAAAAAUGUACCCACUAAGUAAUGCUUUUUAUAGUUUAGAUAAGUUUUUAGAAAAUUCAUUUUGUUAUUUCA